CGAUCUCUCACUUCAACAAGUAAUGCUGGCAAGUCAUGUCUGUUUAAUGACUUUUUUUGUCGAUAUUAAUUGUGUAAAAUAUAUACCUUUUUGAGAUGUAUCUGGUCGGAUUAACAGGUGGCAUAGCCACAGGAAAAAGCACAGUCGCCGCUGUAUUUCGCGAGUAUGGUAUUCCUGUUAUAGAUGCUGAUUUAAUCGCUCGAAAAGUUGUUGAACCAGGAAAACCAGCGUGGCAUAAGAUAAAAAAAGAAUUUGGUCCAGAUGUGUUUUUGGAUACCAACUACUUGGACAGAGCAAAACUUGGCGAUUUAAUCUUUAACGAUGUUGAAAAUAGGAAGAAACUUAAUGCUAUCACGCAUCCUCCUAUAUAUAAAGAAAUAUAUUGGCAAACUAUUAAAUACCUCUUACAAGGUUAUGCAUUCAUAGUCUUGGAUUUGCCAUUGCUUUUUGAGACAGGACACAUGUUGAAUUACUUGCACAAAAUUAUAGUUGUAACAUGUGAGGAGGAUCUUCAGUUACAACGAUUAAUGGAACGCAGUGGAUUUACAGAAGCUAAAGCAAAACAAAGGAUAACCGUACAGAUGUCCUUGGAUAAGAAAGCAGAGAUGGCGAAUUUUGUAAUUGAGAAUUCAAGCAGUAUAAAAGAUACUAGAGAACAGACCGUAAAAGUAAUUAAUGUAUUACGAUCCUCCAAGCAUCAUUGGAAGUUGCGUGUUAUAGCAGGAUUUUGUUGUACCAUACUGUUAGCUGGCGCAUACUGGUUGAAAAACAGAAGUUCUAGAUUGUCCGCAGCAACAUAAAAUUAUGUCCUAUUGGAGUAAACCGGUGUAGACGAGUAAGCAUUUGUUUCCUUAUUAGUUAUUAAUUGUGGUUGCAUAGUGAUAUAAAAGUGAUUUAGUUAUAGAAAUACAAGAUAGAGAAAAAUAGAUAAUAACAUUCGUUAAAUCGCGGUAAUGGUUAUUACAAGUGUAGCAAUAAUUUUUGAAAGAAUUAAUACGUGCAAUAAAAAUCAAUUUUCUUACGCGAAAAUGAGAUAUUCAUGCAUAUUUUAAGCAUGUGCAAAUUGUAAUAACGUUCCAUUUGCGUACAACCAUUUCUUUGUAAAGCGCUAUAUAGCUAUUGUUUUAUAUGUAAUUGAGCAAAGAAAUGUACAGAAAUAUACAUCGUGUGUCAUGUGCGUGUACUUCGUGUACAUGUAUGUAUGCCUGCAAAGUGCAUGUAUACUGCGCAAUAAAAAAUUAUAUUAAUAUAGAACGAGAGUAACGAGAACAAUCUGCCCCACGCGAUCAAUAAGACAGAAAGAGACAUAAAGCGGAAAAAUAGAGAGAUGAUCGUUCGCAACCAAUUAAAUAAUUCUGAUCGUUAAAACGAAUUACAUUUAGUUGCAGUUCUUUGUAUCAUCUAUAUCAAAAAUGUGUGUUCGUGAGAGUGUCAUGUAAUUAGUUGAAGCAUUUAUUAAACCGGAUGUAUAACGGCAUUCAAUAAUAAACGAAAAAAUGGAUAUUUGGCUACUAA